UAACAUUUUAAAAACGCCAUUUUUACGUUACGAAAAUCACGAGAAUUUGCUAUUUGUUGUUAAAUCGUCUGAUCUUUUAAAUAUUUUAAUACCAGUGAAUUUCCAUUUUGAUCGUUGAAUUUGUAAUCGGAUGCUUGUAAGCUUCAUUGUUACUGGUCCCGAGAUCAAUACCAAGUUGUCAAAAUGAGUGAUUCACCUGAUCAGCCUGAGCCUCCAAAGGAUCCGAAAGAGUUGGAAAAAUUGGAGGAAGCAAAGUUAAAGGCGAAGUUCCCAAAUGCUAUGCUGGGACGAGGGCCUGGGGGACACUCAGCAUUCCUGCAGAAGAGACUAGCCAAGGGGCAAAAAUUCUUCGAUUCCGGCGACUAUCAAAUGGCGAAGCAGCGGCCGGGUAACUUAGCGCAGCCGUUCAAGGCGCCUGCUGCCCCCGCCAAGCUGCCGACCGGCGACGCCAUCCCCACGCCCGAGACCGUCCCGCUGCGCAAGACUUCCAUCAUCCAGCCCAAGUUCCAGGCGCCCAGCCAGACCUCCUAGCCCACGAUGCCCGUUGUUGACAUAAGGCCGUGUCACUAACUAUUCCACAAGGCCUGCACAAUGCCUUCUUCUACAAUCAUUAUCAAUUGGCCUCACUAAGCAAACAGAGUGCCAUGUGGCUUUGCCAUUCUCUGAAAAUGUAGUUGCAUAUUGUAUGCAUUGUCCCAGUAAAAGCUCCAUUUAAAAUAUUAACAUUUUCAUUUUAUUCACAUGCUGUUUCCAUAGUGAGGCCUACUACAGACAAGUCACUAAAAUUUAUGAGAAGGGCAUUAUAGAAUUACAUGGCUUUCAAGUCCAUACAUUUUAUUCACUUACCUGUGUAAUGAUUGAGGAAAAGUGUCAUUGUCUUUUGGGCACAUUUUUAUUUUGCUAGUAACGCGUCGCACUUACGCAUCGCUUUUAAUUUUAUGAAUGUUCACUAAUAAUAUAGUUGCAUUAUUUCAUUUCUAAUCAAUCACAUAACAUUUUUCCUAGCACCUUGAUGGUUUAAUAUCAACAUUGUGAUUCGUAAUUAGUCUGUAUUGAAAUUGAAAACAUAACUUUUAUAAGAACAACUGUUAUAUUGAUGUAUAAUAAAUAAAUUAGGUUAUAGUUGUGUGUUAUGGAUGUGUGUGAAUUAUUAUGUUCUCAUGAUACUGUCAUAUUUAUUUCAAUAUUACAUAGCAUCAUCUGUAGACUGUAGGCUCUGUCCGCUUGGGUUAGUUUAGAUGGGAAAUCAAUUGCCAAGCAUUGCCAUGAAAUCUUGCAUUACUUUGCAGCAUUUUAGUAUUUUGUAAGCAAACAACAUCUUGCUACAUCAAUGUGGAAGAAUGUCUGUUCAUUCACAAUAUUCUCGGUUGAGUCACUAACAUCUAUGGACUAAUAUGAAUUAAAUGUUUGGCUGAUUGUAGUUUAUGGCCCUCACGGCCUCGCUAUAUCUAAUAUUGUCGUCUUUCCUAAACCCAGUAAUGUACAUAAAGAUAUUAUACAUCACAUAAUAAGAGAAAAAAUAACAUAAUCCAUGUAAUAGUUUAGAAAUAUUAAUCAUGGUGUAUCAACAUAUUCAUAUAAUUAUUAUCCCAUAAACUUUUAAUGUGAUGGCAGUAGAGACUCUGUACAUAUGCCAUAGUACUGAGUAAAUAAGGGGGUAUACAUGAAUAAGGAUUAAAUUUAAGUCAAUGGACUUGAGAUCUGCUCUCUAGAGCACUAAACACAAGAGAUGAGCAUAGAAGCCAUGUGUGCAAGGGUUUUAUUUUUAUAAAUGCAGCUCAUUUGUGCAAUUUUUAUAUAUUCUAGAGUAUGUUUGGUACAUUUUGGGAGCCUAGAAACUUCAUAGGUAACGAAAUGAAUGCUUUCACCGCUAAGCUCCUAGAAUGCGCCUAAACUCUUACACAAUGUGAUAGUCGCUGACAGUAUCUCGUUUUCAACUUAUUAUACUCACGUAAUAUCGAUGUUCGUCUAUAAAAUAGAUUGUAAAGCAGUCUGUAUUGCGUGUCAAUAGCCGGGACGUACAAACCACUGUGAAACGUUCGCACGAGAGUGAUAUGUGAAAGAUAUGGAUAAGGGAAUGUUGAAAAGAUAGCUACUAUUAAAUAUAAAAUAAAUCCUUGGUAAAAAAA